AUGGCAGGUGGUCUGGAGUUAUGUACUCUUGAACUUAACCAUUAUGGGUUGGUAGAAAAUGGAGUUUAUAAAGGUGGCAAGGUAUGUUAUGUAGACAAUUGUGUUGAUGACUAUUUGUCAUUGGUGGAUUUACAAAAGAUUGGUGUAGAACUUGGCUAUAAUGUUGACAUAACUCAGAGGGUUACAAGUUUAAAAGUGUACUACAAGAAACCUGGUAAGUUUGGUGCAAGUGCAUUGAUAGAGGUGAAAGAUGAUAGUUUUAUUCCAGGGCUAAUUGCUUGCAUUCCUGGUAAUAGAAUUGUUCAAUUGUAUUAUCAUGAUCCAACUGAUCUAAACACCAUUGGGAGUCAAGCUUUUGAGGUAUGGCCAAGUUUGGAUUCUGAAAACUAUAAUGGUGGCACUGAUGAAUUUAAGGGUCACCAAUAUUGGCCUUUUAUUGAUCGCCUAGCCAAUGCUGACAAUUCAGUAAAGAAGGUCAACACAUAUGAAGCUGCAUCUGUUGGUAUACAUGAGCCAAUCAAUGUUGAAGAGGUAAAUGGUGUGGAUGCACCAAAUAAAGUGUUUGAUGUUAAUCAUCCAAAUGAAGUUCUUGAUUUUCAUCCUCCUAAUGAAGCUACAGGGGAGAUUUCAUCUGAUGGUGAAGACAUUGAUAUUCCUUAUUCUGGUAGUGAUGAAGAGGAAGGUGAACAAAACUUUAAUAAAUUAUCUAAGAAGAGGAAAAGGAAAUUACCGAGUUUUAAACAGUGGAGGAGAGACACGGAUUUGAGAAAUCCAGAAUUUCGAUUGGGAAUGCAAUUCGCCAAUAAAGCAGAGGUGAAAGAAGCUAUAAAGGAGUGGGCUAUUAUCAACGGACGAGAAGUCAAAUUUGUAAAAGAUGAUAAAAUUAGGGUGAGAGCAAAGUGUGUUGGAAAUAAGAAAACGAAGUGCCCGUUCACUAUAUUUGCUUCCAUCAUAGAUUCAUAUGAGCCCACUUUUGCAAUCAAGACUCUCUGCUUAGAUCAUCAUUGUGGGAGAGUUGGUAAACUAAAGUUUGCUAAUUCAAAGUGGCUAGCUGAAAAGUUUGCUGACAAGAUCAAGAAAAAUCCUCACUGGAAUGUCGGAGCAUUUAAGUCGGAGGUAUUAGAUCAGUAUCGUAUGAAUGUUAGCAGGCAUCAAAUAUACAGAGCAAAGAGGUUGUCCAAGUUGAUUAUUGAACGUAGCUAUAAAGAACAAUAUGCCAGGUUAUGGGACUAUGCAGAACAACUAAAGGUGGCUAAUAAAGGAAGCACAGUGGUUAUAAGCAAUAAGAUGGAGGGCGAUCAACCAGUUUUCCGUAGGAUGUACGUGUGCUUAGAAGCUUGUAAGAAAGGUUUUUUGGAGGGGUGUAGACAUGUGAUUGGUGUGGAUGGUUGCCACUUGAAAGGACCAUACACGGGUCAAAUUUUAACUGCUGUUGGAGUUGAUGGGAAUAAUGGUAUGUUUCCAAUUGCUUAUGCUAUAGUGGAAAUUGAAAAUAAGAGUUCAUGGAUUUGGUUCCUUGAACUUUUGAAAGCUGAUUUAAAUAUUGAGAAUGGGGCAGCUUGGGUGUUUAUAAGUGACAAGCAAAAAGGACUCAUUCCUGCCAUUCAGAGUGUUCUUCCAACAACUGAGCAUAGAAUGUGUUGGAGACAUCUAUAUAACAACUUUAAAGCAUCGCACCCGGGACUUGCAUUGAAGAAUACAUUGUGGGCCUUAGCAACAUCCAAUACUAUUCCAUGGUUUGAUGUAGAGAUGGAAAAGAUGAAACAACAGGAUGAAAAAGCUUGGAUUUGGAUUCAGAAAAGGCCUCCACAAAAUUGGAGUAGAGCUUAUUUUGCAUCGCACUUCAAGUGUGAUAUUUUGUUGAACAACCUAUGUGAAUCGUUUAACUCUCGCAUUCUAGAUGCAAGAGACAAGGCAAUAUUAACAUGCCUUGAGAGAAUUAUGGUAUAUAUCAUGUUAAGGAUGGCUAAUAGAAGAAUUGCAGCUAGGCAUUGGAAGCAUCCGGUUGGACCUAGGAUCUUCAAAAUCAUUGAGAAGAACAAGUUAGGAGCUAGUCAAUGCAUUCCUAUGAUGGCUGGGGACAAGAAGUUCUUAGUACAACAUAUGUAUGGGGCUGAGUUUGUUGUGGAUCUGAAAGCAAAAACAUGCUCUUGUAGAAGAUGGGAUUUGUGUGGGAUCCCAUGCCCCCAUGCUAUUUCUUGCAUUUUUUCUACGGAUGAAAAUGUGUAUGACUAUACACAUGAUUGCUAUAAGCAAGAGGCUUACUUGAUUUCAUAUGAUCCCAUUGUUCACCCGGUUCCAUCUAUGGAUCAGUGGAAGAAAACUGGUUUGCCUGCAAUUCGCCCUCCUCCAUACAAGAAGCAACCUGGAAGGCCAAAAAUGUCAAGAACUAAAGAGGUAGGUGAGGUUCAAGCACCUGCUCCACCCCCUCCAAACCCCAUCCCACCAGAUUAUAUUCCACCUCCUGCAAAACUAAAAAGAAUAUUUGUAAAGGGUUAUAGUGAUCACUUUCAUCAAAUCAAUGGGCCAAACCCUUCUACAGGGAUAGGGAAACCAAAAGGUUGUGGUGUAACAAAAGGAAAGGGCAAACAAGCAACACAAAAACCAGUUUCAACUGAGAAAGACAAAGAGAUCUCAUCAUCAAUUGCAAAAGGAAAUGGAGCAAGGACAUCAUAA